GAAAAGAAAAACCUACCUGUGAGGGCGAAUUGUUGUAGCCCGCUGUUUACGUUGCUGUUUGUCUGCUCCACAACAAGCAGCGCUUCGUGCUGCGCGUAGCGUGACCAUUUUUUUUAUUAUUUUGGAAACAGAGAACCUGUUGUUUGUAUUUGUGUGUGUGUGUGAUUUGUGGUAUCGGAGACGCAACUCCUCAUAUUUUUGUACUCCUCCACUUGUGCCGUUUCUGAUCUCUUUUUUUUCCCAACACCGAGAAGGGGGAAAGACGAGAACGCCAUCAUGUUGAAGCGGACGGGCUGGCGCCAGCUCACGCGGCGCAGUGGUGUCUUGAUGAAGUGCCAGGGGUGGUAUUCUCCCUUCUCUGCUGCCGCCCUUCCUCUCUUAUGUGGCCGCCUCGUCACCGGGGCGUCGACGUCCUCCAUGUGCGCCGCCGCGCGCGGAGUCUCGAGUACCCCGGCAACCCCGUCAGUCGUUGCGGCCCUUUCCUCCUCCUCUACACCUGGGACCCGAAGUGGGAUCAAGAAGCCGCGACUUUGGAAGCCAGAAAUCAUGACCCACGAGACGCUGAGCUACGCGGAGUGCCCGCUCUGCGGCGACACCUUCUACAUGCGCGACAUGCUCUUCCACAUCACCGCGCGACACAAGGAGGAGGACGUCGAUUACUGGACGAAGCAGUGUAACGCCCGUCUUAAUCUGUACGAGCGAGUCAUCGGCAUCCCUUUACCACCGUCGAAGAGCACCGCAGCCCCUCUUAACGUCGCGUUGAAGUCGGGCAGGGAUCAGCUUUGGAGCACCGAGAGCGAAUCGAGGCUGUUAACGGAGGAUGAGACGUCCCGUCCCUUUCUACCGACCAUCACCGCGGACGGGGCGUACACGUGCAACUGGUGCACCGUCAGGCAUGAGCCAUUCCCCACCAGGGACGCCUUUCUCCUUCACGUAGCGAAGGACCACCCGACGAUGGAUUUUGAUGUGGUGGAGUCGCUGGUCGGGCCACCGCCGCCUGCGUCGUCUGCCGCUGCUGCGAAGAAGACGACAGGUGCAGCUGCAACAGCAGAGGCAGAGAUGUCGGAUAGCAGCAACGCGCAGCAGCCAGGCACAUCGUGGACCGCAAGCGGUGGGCACGGCAAAACAGGAUUUACUGUGAAAGACGGAGAACUUGGGACGCCAGACGCCGGUACGAAUCGCUUUCUGCCGUCGCGUAGAAUGGUCGGCGUCAAGACGGUCCUGCAGACCAACGCCGUGACGGUUGCGCUCGCUCCGCGGCAGAUCGGAGUGAGUACAUCACGUGUCGACGCCACCAUGCGUAACCCGGCCGCUCUCGGCAGCGUUUGCCCCGAUAAAGUGUCGGCCGCUGAUGCACCAAACCUUGAUGCCGCAGCAGCAGCGAAUCACCUCUCAUUCAGAGACCAUCACUUUCCGUGUGAGUUGUGCUUGAAGGUGUUUGCAUCGGAGCUGAAUCUGUUGAACCACCUGGAAGGCAAGCACCCGCCGCCGUCCCUCACCGCCUCCCCGGCAGGAGACAGCACCGCCUCGCGCGCAGCUGCUUCGAGGGAGAAAACGAAGGCAGCCCCAGCUACAAAGACAGUGGUGGCGGAGACGGUGGCCAGCCCUUCCCCGGCGAGCGCAGAAGAGACAAGCGAGGCCUCGUCGGCCAUCUGCGUCACGUGUGACCUAUGCACAAAAAACUCGAAGAUCUACACGCUGCCAUCCGCCCUCUUCGCGCACAUCCGCUUUAGCCACAGAAACGCCGACACCACCUACGAAGCCGAACGCAUCAUGCGGGAACAACGAGGCAAUGCGGUCUUCCGCUGCCCACAUUGCUCACGCGUCGUCUUAACGGAAUCUGCGCUGCGCGAUCACCUGUUGGAUCAUCACAGUAUAAAAGAGACGGCGGCACGGGAGACGCCGCUGAACGGCGCGACGGCGCCAGCAGAUCCCAUCAGCACGGCAAACGACCAACUCGCCGGGAUUCAUGCGUGGCCUACGCUGCCGCCCUUCUCCAUGAAGAAGCGAUGGUGGUGCGCCCAGUGUGAGAGCGGUUUCCGCACCGCGGGGGCGCUGGCCUUGCACGCGAAAGAGAAGCAUUCGACGGUCACCGAGCUCUUCCCGUGCCCGGCGUGCCGGCGUAUCUUUCAGGAUGCGUUUGGGCUGGAAGCUCACGUCAAGGCAACGCACCGCAGUGUGCAGCUGGUGAGUCUGAACCUGCCGACCUCGGUCUUCUGUCCUCACUGCAAUCGAGGCUUUUUGAGCUACGCAGCAUUGCAUGAGCACUGCGUGAAGCACCAUCACAAGGACCCCCGCAGCCCUGUGCGAUCUUUUGCCAAGCCGGCUGAGUCGACGGCUGCCGCGAGCGGCGCUGCAACGGCGACGGACGGCAAUGCGUCGUCCGAGAUUGCCGCCCCGUCCAAGCCUCGAAAAGUGAGUCGACGCAAGAAAAUGACGUCAGCUGACGCGUAG